AUGGAGCAUUCUAUUGAAUUUCAGCAUAACAAUAAACAACAAUUUCAGCAAGCUAGUUAUCCUCGUAAUUACUAUGAACAACCCACCACAAUGACGUCUGAUGUUAGCUCUGUUUUACAUGAAAAUGACAAUUCUGAAGGUAUAAAUAAUAAGAUAUUCUUCAAUUCAUUAAACAAAUUCUGGUCAAAUCAAAAUUCCACAGUGAAUUCAUUAGAAUUAGCUAAACUUUUUAAACGAUACAUGGAAUCAUAUGAAUACAUGUCGAAUACAACACAGUCAACAACGCUAACGACGCCAUCAGCUGAAAGCGACAUUUCAACUGUUAACAAUAAUAAUAAUAAUAGUAGUAAUACAAUUACAAAUAUUGAUAGAAGAAAGGCAACAAUUCAUACUGCUUCUUAUUCAGACAUUUAUACUGAAUCCUACUUAAAAUCUGUUAAACAAACAAACUAUUCAGUGGAGACAUUUGCUUCAGCAGACUCGAUGAAUACUAUACAACCAUGUGGAUAUAAUGAAAACUAUUACCAAAAACAAAUUCAACGACAAUCGUUAAAUAAAGCAAUGGAAAUCUCGAAUUCAUUAGUUCAGCAUUCUAACAGUGAUUCAAGUGAUACAAGUACUACUACAACUAAUACUACUAAAAACAAUAAUAGUAGUUAUAAUAAUAAUAAUAACAGCAAUCAUAAUAAUGAGACAUCAUCGAAUGUUCACACAGUAGGCAAACGUAGGAAGCGUCGUAUUCUAUUUAGUAAAUUACAAACAACUAAACUGGAAGAGUGUUUCAAUGAACAGAGAUAUCUGACAGCUUCAGAAAGGGAACAUUUAGCAAAGAUAUUGAAUUUAACACCAACACAAGUGAAAAUUUGGUUUCAAAAUCAUCGUUAUAAAAUGAAACGUGCAAUUCAAAAUGAUGAAUUAUCCCCAAGUACAAUGACAAGAAAGUCAGACAAAUGUACUCCUAACAAAGAAAUGAAUUCACCAUCUUCAUGGAGUACACAAAGUUUAUUAAAUCAUUCUGAUUGGCAAUGUUUAACAAAUAAUGAAAGAGGAUAUUUACGGCAUGACAUGUAUUCAAACAAGACGAAACAAUCGACUGAUGAAAAUCCAUCUCUUCAACAGAAAUUCUCUCCUGAAGAUCAUUCUAAAGAAACCGGUAUCAUCAAUGACAUACAAAUGAAUCAAUCAGUAAAUUAUACGGAUAUAUUUCAAAAAUCAUGGCUAACAAAUUGGUUCAAAAUGAUUUCUAGUCAAUAUUCUUCAAAUGAUACUACAAAUAAACAAUUUACAAAUUCGUUAUAUAAAACACAAAAGUUGGCAAAUAAUUAUGAAUCGCCUACAGUUAUGAUUGAUAAGUGUAAUGAAGAAGUGAAUGAUGAGUGUCGUUCAGAGUUAUCAUCACCUGUAGGCAAACUCUAUAAGUUACACAACCUUCAUUCAUUUAAAAAUUCCAAUCCUACUACUAAUAAUACAAUUACAUCAUCUCAGAAAUUAAUUGAAAUGAAUCAUCCUCCAAUAGGCAUUGACCAUUAA